AUGGAUUCAACUUUUCCUUUACAAGGUCAACAUAUGCAAAGGACACGAAAUGUAAAAAAUAUCAUUACUUUGAUGUCACUUGGUGAUCCAGUAACAAUUGUUAUCGGUAUUAUAAUACUCAAUAUAUUUAUCUAUAAGUAUUUGGAUGUUCAAAACCAAUCAUUAACAAUAAGAACUAAACUUGUUAUCGGAAUGUGUUUUGCAAUAAUAACUAUGUUGAUUGCUGGUACAGUCGAAAAAUUUCGACGAGAUCAAUGUGAUCCGAAUACCAACGAAUCUACUUUAUCGAUAUAUUUUCAAUUAUUACAAUAUAUAUUUCUGGGUUUUUCUGAAUUAUUUGCUACGGUUGCUACCUAUGAAUUUGCCUAUUUUGCUGCUCCACGUUCAGCACAAUCACUUUUUAUGAGUCUUCGUUUCUGUUCAUUAGGUAUAUCAUCAUUUAUUGGUACAGCAUAUAUCACUGCUUUUCCAACAACUUCAUUUAUUAUGGAUUUUAGUGUGAAUUAUCGAUUAAAUUUAAGAUCAAUUUGUACACUGAAAUUAGCUCAAUGGCUUGCAUUUAUAAGUAUUUUUAUUUGCUUUGUUCAUGGUAUUACAUGUUCGUUCUUUGUCAAUAUUGUACCAUUAGUAGGAUGUGUUACGACAAAUCCAAUUUUAAUUCGAUAUUUUACAUAUUUCUUUUAUCCAAUUUUGACCGGUUUUCUUCCCAUUAUUACUGUUUCUAUAUUUAGUUUAUUUGCUUUUCGUAAUGUUCGUCAUAUAAUUCGUCGUCAAGUACCAAUUGAACGUCGUCGACUUGAUCUUCAGAUUACAGCAAUGGUAUUACUUCGUAUGGGAUUUUUUGUUGCUUUUACAUUGCCUUAUAUCAGUUUUCGUAUCUAUAUUGUUAAUGUUACUAUAAAAAAAACAGAUCUUUUGCAAUAUGCAAUCAUACAAUUGAUUCAAGCAAUUAUUUUUUCUAUCGCUGGCUUGAACAUUGCAACGAGUUGUUAUAUAUUCGCAAUAUCAUCCUCAAGAUUUCGUCGUCAAAUAAAAUAUGUUUUAGUGAAAAAAUGUUGGCAACGAUGGAAAAGUUGGUGCUGUUUCCAUAACAAUCGAAUUCAACCUGAAAAUGCAAUAUCUUUAGGUUCAAAUUUUGAACUUGAUUAA